UUUUCCUACAUCCCUUCGCGAAAGCCAUAGCUACACCAAUUGACAACGCGACGCCAUACGCAGGCACGAUGAAACCAGCCAAGGCUAUGCACAUCACUUCGCAACAGCCAUACCAAGAACGAUACUCCUUCACGUAUGCAUAAUGGAACUGGGGUCAUCCUCUCUUCUUAUACAUACACUCCGACCUAGACACGCCCUAGACGCGCCCUAGACCCUCUCUCACUUUCACUUUUCACAACCGAUUCAACAUCAAUGCCCCAUCGUCGAUGAGGUACAUUAGUCGUCCGACGGGGUGAAGGGUAGUAGCCACCACGCUUCCCCAAGAGUAUAUACGCCAAAAUGGAAAAUCGCUGCAGUGGUGCCCAAUGGCAUGGAGCCAUUACACUAGUAUGUGAGGAUGGGGAUGAGAUGCGAUGCCAGACUCGUGAGAUUCGUUUACUAGAACUGGGUAUACGAACCCAUCGAUAUGCGAAACUUGCAGGAGGGUGUCGGGGUAGGUUUGGGCAAACUCACUAAGUACCUAAGGUACCUACGAGAGGGGGUUUGGGAAUUGCUGGUGCCUAGCCUCGCGAGUGUUGGGAAGCGCUAUGGUUUCGACGACAAGUUUGCAGACAUCUCUCUGGACCUACCUUUACCUUACUCUACUGAUGAUUAUAGUCAAUUUUGGCAGUGGCUCUCGUCGCUCGGGCUUAUUAGCAACAAUGGAGUAUACAGCUCCAAGUGAGCAGUACCUUCAAGUUUGCAAAAGUGUACCCGAAACGGCCCAGUAUCAAAUGGAAUACAUUUCGAUAGCU